AAACAUGCUUUGUUGGUGAUAUACCGUGUGUUUUACCGUGUUGCUUGUUGCAUUGAUGUCAGAUGUCACUGUCAACAGGAGACAAUUCCAGACUGUAGUUUAGAGCACAGUGAUCUGUCGUUGAUGCUUGUGGGCUGUGUAAACAGUGUUCAGGUCAAAGUUCAACCCCUCUGGGCAAAGUUUCCAGUAUUUGAGUUGCAUUGGAGAAGUGUUUUCAGGGUUUCCCUCAAAAUCUGAGCAGAAUGAGGAGAAUGCUGAAGAGCGUCCCUGCACUCGUCCUGAGAAGGGGAAUCACAUCGUAUCAGAGCACAUGGUGCAAAAAUGACAGCCUCUUCAGAGUUCAUCCAUCUGUAUCACAGGCGCUGGCAGAAAACAAACCAGUGGUUGCCCUUGAGAGCACUAUUAUCACACACGGCAUGCCCUAUCCACACAACCUGAGCACAGCAAAGGAGGUGGAGGCCAUCGUACGAGCUGAAGGGGCCACUCCAGCCACGGUUGGAGUGAUCGCGGGCAAAGUGCACGUGGGCCUGUCGUCAGAGGAGCUGGACCACCUCGCGCACUGCAGCAGCUCCGUGAAGGUGUCCCGUCGUGAUCUGCCAUACGUCACCAGCAAAGGGCUCACUGGGGGAACGACAGUGUCAGCCACGAUGAUAGCUGCCCAUCGGGCUGGCAUCCCUGUGUUUGUCACAGGUGGUAUCGGAGGAGUUCACAGAGAUGGAGAAAACAGUCUGGACAUCAGCGCAGAUCUGACAGAGCUGAGCAGAACUCCUAUCGCUGUGAUCUCUGCUGGGGUCAAGUCUAUUCUGGACAUUGGUCGCACCCUUGAAUUCCUUGAAACACAUGGCGUCUGUGUAGCCACUUAUGGGAAGUCAAAGAACUUCCCAGCAUUCUUCUCUCCUCAAAGUGGAUUCACUUCCUCGUGCCAGGCUGAAAACCCUGCUGAAGCUGCAAAACUCAUUGCGAGCACUCUGUCCCUGGGUCUUCAAAGCGGUGUCCUGUUGGCAGUGCCCAUCCCAGAGGAGCAUGCAGCCGCUGGCCAGCAGAUAGAGGAAGCCGUCCAGGCUGCUGUGACAGAGGCCAGCAAUAAACGAAUCACUGGAAGAGAUGUGACCCCAUUUAUUCUUCAGAAGGUCAAUGAGCUGACUAAAGGAAAGUCCCUUCAGGCAAACAUCGCUCUCAUUCAUAACAAUGCUCGAGUUGGAAGUCAGAUCGCCUGCGCACUGUCAGAACUCAGGAAUGAGAGAAAGUUCAAAAGUAAAACUCAUCAUUCUGGAAAACACACAUCGCAAUCAGAAUCAGAUAUCGUUGUGAUUGGAGGAAUAAAUGUAGAUUUCAUUGCCAAAGGAAAAGCAAAAACAAUUCACUUUGGACAGACCAACCCAGGAAGUGUGUGUCAGUCAUUUGGUGGUGUAGGACGGAACAUCGCUGACUCUCUGAGUCGAUUAGGCCACAGGCCUCUGUUCAUCUCAGCUGUUGGAGCUGAUUCAAACGGUGAUGCCGUGUUAAACUACUGUAAACAUAUGAACACCAGUGGUGUUGCCAGGCUGGGGGGACAAAGCACAGCUACUUACUGUGCUGUCAUCACUGAGAGUGGAGAGCUGAGCCUCGGCUUGGGCGACAUGGACAUUCACCAGCAAAUCACAGAGCAGUGUGUGUCGCAGUUUGAGAAGCAGCUUUCAUCAGCCACUCUUGUGUGUCUUGAUGGAAAUAUCCCUGUCUCCACUAUUGACUAUGUUUGUGGUGUUGCCAAAAAGCACAACAUCAAUGUCUGGUACGAGCCAACUGAUUCAGAAAAGGCUUGUAAGCCUUUCCUGUCUGACGCCUGGAAGUCUCUGUCCUAUUCGUCCCCAAACCUGGCGGAGCUGUGCACCAUGAACAAAGCACUGGGUGUCCAAACACCUGAAGUGCUGCCAAGUUCUCUGGAGGAGGUGCUUGGUGUUGCUGUGGAUCUCUCACGCCCCCUUCUGGAGCAUCUUCACUGUCUGGUGGUGACUCUGGGGGCUCAUGGCGUGUUGGUGUGUGGAGAGCAGGACGCAGACUCAGUCAACCUGCAGCCAAGACAACAGAGGAGGAGAAGGCAGCUUUGUGCUGUACAUUACCCGGCGCUGACCGUGACGGCAGAGGAAACAGUGAAUGUAUCAGGAGCAGGAGACAGUCUUGCCGGCGCUCUGAUGGCAGGGAUCCUCCGGCGGCACGACACAGACAGCUGUGUUCGGAUGGGGCUCUUGGCUGCACGGCUGUCCCUGGCAUCAGCGCACCCCAUCGACCCAACGCUCACCUUUGACUCAGUGGAUCUGAACAAAGUCCAGACUCAGAACUGGCCCAAACCGAGCUACAGGUGCAUAUAGAUUUGGGGAGAGCGUGGCCUAGGGGAUAGAGCGGGGGUUCUGCAACAAGAAGGUUGCCGGUUCGAACCCCACUCUUUCCCAUCUGCAUGCGUAAGUGUUCUUGACAAGAUACUGAACCCCUAAAAUGGCCCCUCAUAAAUGCUGAGUGUUCUAAAAAUGUAAGUCGCUUUGGACAAAAGCGUCAGCUAAAUGACAUGUAAUGUAAUAUAGAUUGAAUAUAUUUUCAGUUUGGGACAUUGACAGAGAAACAUGUGAAGAAUUUAGAUUGUUUAACAGAUGUUUCAGUGUUUUAAGAUUUUCAGCCUUGGAUUCAUAUGAAACCAAAAUGAAACACUGAGUAAAUAAAUGUAAUGUAUGAUAACAUUUAGCACAAAUUCUAUUUGAUAUUACUGAUUCUUUUGAUGACCCCUUAACUUGAGCUCAUGAUUACAAAUCCUUGUGAAUAAAUUAUAAGAAUAACCC